UAGCCUCGCAGCGGCGCCAAUAAGAGAAGGAUGGGAGCGAUUGGUCAGGUCUUCCUGCAAGAUGGCGGCUAACGCGACAACAAACCCUUCUCAGCUUCUGCCGCUUGAGCUGGUGGACAAGUGUAUAGGCUCUCGCAUUCAUAUUGUGAUGAAAAGUGAUAAAGAAAUUGUUGGCACACUCCUAGGAUUUGAUGACUUUGUCAAUAUGGUAUUAGAAGAUGUUACAGAAUUUGAGAUCACACCUGAAGGACGAAGAAUCACCAAGCUAGAUCAGAUUUUGCUAAACGGAAAUAACAUAACAAUGUUGGUUCCUGGAGGAGAAGGACCAGAAGUAUAAAUGAAUCUGUUUGCCAUGGCUGAAGAAUUUCUGUGAAAUAUUCUGUAGAAAGAUCUGGAAAAAUUUCGUAUGUGGUUUUUGUUUUGUUUUUUUAAAACAUUUCAAGUUGAUGUUUGCAUAUAAAUUGCAAUUUGCAUUUCAGUGGAAGUGCACCGUUAAAGAUGACUUUGUAAGUUAAAAUCAUGACCUUGGUUUAAAGACAAAAUCUGCUGUUCUAAACAGGCAAUAAAGGUGUUUU